AUGCUGCCUUACCUUACCUAUCCCCUUGCCGCAAUCACCUCUCCAGAGCCACCCGGUGACACGGGUCCCUCUUUCGGCGUCUGCAUUGACACCAACCAAGCCAGGGCUCCCCCUCCACUGCUCUGCCCUCUACUUUCUCUCUCGUGCCCUGCUUUCCAAAUUCCUUCUUUCUCGCUCGUGUGCCCCUCUCAUCCCUCUCAUUCUCCCCACCAAGCCUCUACCCGAUUCCCUCCAAACACCCCGCCCCAUCCCAAUUUUCGCACCUCACCUUCCCCUCAUCACCCACUCGCCACCCGUCUCCCUCACCCCAAUCUCCCAUCAAUCUCCGUCCGCCUCGCCCCUGCCCCUCCCCACUCCUCUCUCCCCCCUCCGUCGUUCUCCCCCUCACCUCAUCCCCUGCACUACACGCGCUCGCUCACAGCGGUGAAGACGCGCACGGAGGCGGUGUUCUUGGAGGCGCUGGUGGAGUACCGCAAGAUGCAUGCGCGCUGUGUCAACGGCGUCAAGGACUGGGAGGCCUUCUUUCGAGACAAGGACAACGGGCAGCACCCCAAUGCGGACGUGGACGGUUGCAAGUACCUCUUCUGGAUGGCACCAGGCUAUGCGGGCCUGGGCAACAAUCUGAUGUCACUGAUAUCGGCCAUGACGUACAGUCUGCUGACCAACCGUGCCAUCAUCCUGGCACCCGGCACAGACGUGGCGUCCUUCCUCUGCAACCCCUUUGACGACUCCAACUGGGCCAUCCCCGCGCGCCACUACAAGCACGUGUACCUGAUGUUUCAGAAGCAGCCGCGCGUGAUGGAGUUUGCUCGCAUGGCGGCCAACGGCACUCAGUGGAGCAAGAAGGCCGCCUUCGCUGACCUCCGCUUCUCGUACGGCGAGGAGGACUGGAAGUUCUUUUGUCCGGGAGUGCAGGCGGCGAUAGAGGAGGCGCGGUUUGUGGCGUUCUACACGGAUGAGUACACCGUGCCCGGCUUCUACCUGCUGCCGCACCUGCAGGCGCUGCUGCAGAAGUGGUUUCCGGACGGGAGGGUGUUUCUGCACAUGGCGCGAGCCACACUGCAGCCGGCCAACUACCUGUGGCAGCGCAUCACACGCGUCUUCCACGCACACCUCAAGCACCACAAUCGCCGCGUUGGCAUCCAGGUGCGCACGUUCUACCGGAGGGACACGGACACGAAUCCGCGCAUCCUGGAGUGCGCUGUCAACGUGUCGGGGUACCUGCCACGCCUCUUCUCCCCCGACCAGUGGGACGCCCUCACUGCCAAUCCGGACUCGCGCAUGCAGGCGAUACUGCGCAACCCGUACCCGCGCACGGUGGGCGUGCUGCUGACGUCGCUGUCGCAGCACCACAUGGACUACCUGCACGAGGCCUUCUCCACCCAUGAGACCGUUGACGGCACCGUUGUUGCCCUGCACAGUGAAGGGCACGAGGGGUUGGAGAGAGCGAAGCUGAGGCAGCACGAGAAGGCGUUCCUUGAAAUGUGGCUGCUCAGCUUCAGCGACCAGCUGCUGGUGUCGGACAUGUCAUCGUUCGGGUACAUAGCAUCGGGGCUGUCAGGGCUCAACCCCUACUCGCUCAACAUCGGCUUCCGCACCGCGGAGAACCUCAACUGGUACAUCAACCGCCGCCCCGUGUGCGCGCGCUCCUCCUCCGAGCCCUGCUUCCUCACCCCGCCCGCCUUUCUCAAGUGUGAUGGUUCUGAAGUGAAAAAGGAGCCUUUGGAGCUAAGUACAAGGAUUAGAAAAUGCUUGAACAUUAAUAGAGGAAUCGAAGUGGAUAUUCCACUGUUUUAG